AUGUUUACAGAAUACCUUUUCCCUCAGAUUUACGCAAACAAGCUUGCUUCUGCUGUUCUGUCCAAUGUACUCGGCCCACAACCGGAAUUACAUUACAUUAGGUCUAACACUCUCUUAGGAAACACUUCCUCUCGUCAAAAAGUACACAAGGACGUCAGAGGAAGACACCUUUCGCACGCCUACGCUAUCGCUAUGAAUGUUUGUCUCAUUGAUGUCACUCCAGAAAACGGAUCUACUGAACUGUGGCUGGGAACUCAUAACUCAUCUCCUUGGACCGACCACGAAGCUAUGAACUUAGGUUUUGUGAGAGGAGACAAACUAGAGGAAAGGCGACAAGUCAGACCUCCUGUUUAUGGCAGUGUCAAGAAAGGUAGUUUGAUCUUGAGAGACAUGAGAAUGUGGCAUGCUGGUAUGCCAAACCAUACACCCGAGACCCGAGUUAUGCUUGCGUUGGUAUACAUGGCCAAGUGGUUCGAUAAUCAAAUGAAGCAACCUUUCCCACGUUCUCUGCAGCCCCUUAUCGAGUCAUUCGAAAAGGAUAGUGACACUAAAAUCGUACUAGACUAUGUCGACGAUAAACUCGUCGAAGAUUAUCUCAGUGUCGAGUUUUCAACCCAAUUCCAAUCACCUCAUCAUCCUACGCAAGAGGUAGCAUAA